AUCUACUCUCUCCUCUCUUUUUUCUUCUUCUUCUUCUUCUUUUAUCAAAACAUAAAAUCGCUAUCUCUAUGUUGUUAUUAUUAUUUUCAUAAAAGGAAAAAAAAAUAUGGAGAAAAGCAUUUUGGCGUAUGUAACGCCUUACAUUUUAUCCUUCGUUGCAUUUUUGAUCUUACUGGAACAAGUUCUUUACUUGAAGAAAAAACGUUUCGUCCCGGGUCCAAAUCUUGUCUUACCUUUUGUUGGUAACGCUAUUUCGUUAGUACGCAAUCCGACGUCGUUUUGGGUUGAUCAAUCUGUUUUAGCCGAAUCCUCUGGGUUUUCGGUAAACUAUAUUAUCGGAAAAUUCAUUGUUUUUAUCCGGUCAACGGACUUAUCUCAUAAAGUCUUUGCAAACGUUCGCCCAGACGCUUUUCAUCUUGUGGGCCACCCUUUCGGGAAGAAGUUAUUUGGUGAGCAUAAUUUGAUUUAUAUGAUGGGUCAAGAACAUAAAGAUUUACGACGUCGUAUUGCACCAAAUUUUACACCAAAGGCUCUUUCCACUUAUACCCAGUUACAACAACAUAUUAUUUUGAAACAUCUCAGGUCUUGGAUGGAUGUACCGGAUGCCGGUACCAAACCUUUCCCUUUAAGGUUUUUGUCUCGAGACAUGAAUCUCGAGACGAGUCAAAACGUUUUCGUGGGCCCGUAUUUAAGCGAGGAGUCACGGAAACGUUUUGAGGUGGAUUACAAUUUUUUCAAUGUUGGGCUAAUGAAGUUGCCUAUAGAUCUGCCAGGGUUUGCGUUUAGAAACGCCCGACUGGCGGUUUCUAGACUGGUUGAAACCCUGGCGGUGUGUGCUUCAGAAAGUAAGAAAAAAAUGAAGUCGGGUGCGGACCCUAUCUGUUUGGUUGAUUUCUGGAUGCAAGAUGUCAUCCGAGAAAUCGACGAAGCAGGCGGGGAGGGUCAGACUACCCUGCCCCACACUAGUAGUUUGGAAAUCGGGGGUCAUUUGUUUGACUUUUUAUUCGCUUCACAGGAUGCUUCCACUUCUUCGCUGCUAUGGGCCGUUACAUUACUAGAUUCACACCCAGACGUUUUAGAAAAGGUAAGACAAGAGGUUUCGGGUUUCUGGAAACCCGAAUCCGAUAGAACGAUAACAGCCGAUGAGUUGAGGGAAAUGAAGUACACGGAUGCGGUGGCGCGCGAGAUCAUUAGAUUUCGCGCGCCAGCUACAUUGGUCCCACAUGUAGCUGGAGAAGAUUUCCAGUUAACAGAAACCUACACCAUCCCAAAGGGUGCGAUAGUCUUUCCGUCCGUUUACGAGUCUUCGUUCCAAGGGUUCGUGGAUGCGGACCGGUUUGACCCGGACCGGUUUUUAGAGCCCCGGUGUGAAGACCGUGUUUACAAGAAAAAUUACUUGGCAUUUGGAGCAGGGUCCCACCAAUGUGUAGGACAGAAGUAUGCAGUAAAUCAUUUGAUCUUGUUUAUCGCGAUGUUCACUUCAUUGUUUGACUUCAAAAGAGUAAGAUCGGACGGCUGUGAUGAGAUCACGUAUAUCCCUACCAUCAGUCCACGUGAUGAUUGCAGAAUUGUGUUGUCACUUAGAUGUAGUCGUUUUCCGUGUUUCUCGUGACUGUGAAAAAGGGGGGAAGAAAAACAUGUUUGGUAUUGUGUUGUUUGUUGGUUUUUGGAUGGAUUUAUUUAUUUUGGGUAUACAGUUGUUGGAUUGUGAUUAGGUGGUCAAACUUGGUUGUCUCUUUUCAUUUGUUACAACUGGAAAACCUCUUUUUUUGAAAUUUUUAUUUCUUUCUAUUGGUAUUGGAUUGAUUAUUGGCCGAAUAAUAAAACCUUGAUUCAUGUUA